AUGAUGCUACUUGCUUCCGCAAUUUCACUUUCAUUAGCAAUUACUACAAUUUCCGUAACUUUUCCAAUAGUGUUUUAUUACACUAUAAAAGACUGCUGUUUCCCGAGAGAAGUUUCAAGUAGCCGAGAUUUUAAAAAAACUGUAUCUGUGAUUCGAAUUAGUGAUUCUGGAGUACAUAUAAUAUCGAGACCAAUAUCGAUAACACCUGCAGCAUUUGAAGACGUAAAGAUUAUACAAAUGGAAGGAUAUGAUGAAUUGAUAAUGAAGCCACAAAAAUCUUGCUUUAAAUAA